UUCUUUUAGAUAUCAAAAUGGACAUUCCAAUCUACUUUUUGUUUUUAGUUUUUGAAGUUAGAGAGAGGCGAAAGAUGAACAGUGGAAAUGCAAUUUUAGAGCGAGAGUUGGAUUUGAAAUCGAGGAAACAAGAUGGAACCGUUUCCAAAUGAAAACGAAUUUCAAGUUUUCGAUCAUCAAACGCCUUGUCGACGCGCCCUAUACGUUAAUCUUCACCUUUAACCAUGUAUGAUUUUACUUCUCUUGUUUUCAAUUCGAUUCUCCUUCCUUCAACUUCACACCUCAUUCUCUCAAUUUCUUCUUCUCUUCUUUGACUCCUUCUCAUUUCCUCAUUUCCGCAUUCCCGAUGCCGAUCGCAAUUCAAGGUUAUGAUCAACUGGAAGGUCUUAUAAUUGAUCUCGCUCCUUAACUUUCGAAAUCCACCUAGAUGUGGCCACGACACCGUCCGGUUUUGGUGGGACGGUGUUUCUUUUGUAUAAAAAGGUGCUGUUUGAUUAGCUCCCAAGAUCUCACUUUGUUUUAUCGAGAACUUAUCAUUUUCAGAAAACGGAGUGGGUUUGGAGAUGGAUCAUCUUUAAGAAUCAAGUACAUGUCAGAUUUCCUAUACGAAUUUUACAGGAAGCUUCAUUACUUGACGCAUACUUCUUGUCCAUAGGCAGUGGACGAUUUGUGGCCUGAUUUGAUGUGAGAUGCAGCGGUCACGUAGAGCUCUUCUGCAGAGAAGAGCUUUGGAGAAAACUACCGGUGGGAGGAAUGGCUUGUAUAUGUUCUCUCUGUCUUUACUUUUUGUUUUGUGGGGGCUUUUCUUCCUCCUUAGCCUAUGGAUCAGACAAGGCAACAGCCGUGGAGAUGGCUGCACCGAUCUACCAGAUAGCAUAUCAACUUGGAAUAAAUCCACGAGUGGAAGCUACAAGCAUUCUGAAAUUAUUACUGAAAGCCGUCAGAAUAAAAAUUGUUCAGUUGCUCUUUUAAAGGAUCGGUUCAUCGACAGUGCAGAAUCUAUAGCCUUUGACGAUGAUAUCGUUGGUCGUGAAGAAAAUGUAAAUCAUGACAAUUUUGAUGAGGAUGUACAUUUGCUUGCUUUUGGAGAGCAGCCUGAUGAGAAGAAAAAUGGUUUAGGAAGGAAUUUUCAAACUGACUCUCUGAAGGCUGAUCGACUGUCUCAUGUUUUACCCCUUGGUCUCGAAGUAUUCAAAAGUAGAGCAUUUAUCUCAGAAACCAAAACCAGACCUGGUCAACUGGAAAGUGCUAUACAUAGGUUGGAGCCUAGCGGUGCAGAAUACAAUUAUGCAGCAGCUUCAAAGGGGUCGAAGGUAUUGGGAUUUAACAAGGAAGCCAAGGGAGCCUCAAAUAUAUUAGGAAGGGACACAGAUAAGUACCUCAGAAAUCCAUGUUCUGCUGAGGAAAAAUUUGUUACUAUGGAACUCUCUGAAGAAACGUUGGUGCGUACAAUUAAAAUUGCUAAUUUUGAGCACCAUUCUUCCAAUUUGAAGGAAUUUGAGCUUCUUGGAAGUUCGGUUUAUCCUACAGAUGUAUGGGUAAAGCUUGGAAACUUUACUGCUGCAAAUGCAAAGCACGCUCAAAGGUUUGUCUUAGAGGAGCCGAAAUGGGCGAGAUACCUGAAGUUGAGGCUUUUAAGUCAUCACGGUUCAGAAUUCUACUGCACACUGAGUGUUUUUGAAGUUUAUGGACUGGAUGCUGUCGAGGAAAUGCUGGAGGAUUUGGUUUCGGUUCAUGAUAAUACUUUCAUAUCAACAGGACUUCCUGCUUAUGAUGAAUCAACGGCGAAGGACAACGACGAACAUCAUAACUACGACGGAGAAAUAUCCCCUUUAAGGAGUGACGGUGAUAUUGUUCAGGAUUUGGUUAAACAUGAUUUACCAGAGAGGUUUCAAGAACUGCGGCAUCAUCAAGCAGGCAGGAUGCCUGGGGACACUGUUCUCAAGAUACUGAUGCAGAAAGUUCGCUCAUCUGAGUUAAGCUUGUCUAUCUUGGAGCGGUAUUUGGAAGAACUAAAUUCCAAAUAUGGAAAUAUUUUCAGACAGUUCAAUGAUGAGACCAGAGAGAACGAGCUACUCCUACAGAAGAGCCGAGAAGACAUAAGGAAUCUCCUCAGAAUCCAGGAGAGCGCUGGUAGAGAUGUUAGGGAUCUCAUUUCUUGGAGGUCCUUUAUUUCUCUGCAGUUGGAUAGCCUUCUCAGAGACAAUGCAAUCCUCAGAUCUGAGAUUGAGAAGGUUGAGGAGAAACAGAUUUCUCUGGAGAAUCAAAGCGCUGCAGUGGUUUUUGUAUGUAUGAUUUUUUUAUUAUUUACUCUGACGAGGCUGUUCUUAGAUAUGGUGGUUAGUGUUUAUACAGGAACAAGUAUGGAAAGGAACAGCAAAUCUGGUAAAUUUCGUAUGAAUACUUCCUGGAUUCUCUUGCUGCUAAGCUGUAGCUUCUUCAUUUUCAUACUUUUACUUUUCUAAGAAAUGUAUCCAACACUUCCACAUUUUCCCUAGUGAAGGUUAAAAAAAAAAAAAAGGAACAUUCAGCACACUACGCUUUUGCAAA